AUGGAGCAUAACGUGAGAAGUGGAACGAAGGCCGCUUUGAAAUUCAUCUGUCCGCGAGUCGGCUUAGUCUCGAUGGUCAGCCUGUAUGCCUUAGGUGGUGGCUUCCUAUUCAGUCAUCUGGAAUCUGAAAAUGAGUUAAGUGAUUGUACGGAGAAUUCAGAAAGCUACCUGACAUUUGAGAACGAAACGAUUCAGUCGAUAUGGAAUACAAUGUCUAACUAUAAACCAAGUGAAGAGAAGGAUACCAUUCAAAACUUUCAAGAUAUGUUAUUUCAAUUAAACAAACAGAUAUACGAAACUAGUUUUGAUGGAAAAAACUGUUCCUUGUUAGGCAAGGAGAACGGGGCAUCUUCACAAUGGUCUUUGGUAAAUGCUGUACUCUUCUCUACAACCGUUUUCACAACAGUCGGCUACGGUAACAUAGCCCCGAAAACUAAAUUUGGACGAUUGGUCUGCUUGGCUUACGCCUUACUCGGGAUACCGCUCAUGCUUCUAACUCUGGCUAACUUUGGAGAAAUAAUGGCCAACAUAUUUCGAUACGCGUACUUGAAUGUGUGCUGCUGUAGCCUGGUCAGGUGGUACAAACGAUCGACACUCCCUACGUCAUAUUCCAAUUUAAAUGACGCCAAGAAAACUGCACCGAAAAAUGAGGAAAAUUUUGAUGAAAUUUUAAUAGAGGACGAGGAUGAUGAAGAAUUGGACAAAAUAAGCGUUCCAGUGGUGGUGACGUUGUUUCUCAUCGUCACUUACGUUCUGUUCGGAGCGAUAUUAUUUUCUGUCUGGAUGAGCGAUUUGGACUGGAUGGGUGCCGCUUAUUUUAGUUUCAUAACGUUAUCUACAAUCGGUUUCGGCGACAUUGUCCCAUCUUCGGACAACAUGGACGACGUUUAUGCCAGAUUCAAGCUGAUGGGGACGGCACUGUACAUGGUUCUCGGCAUGGCUGUGCUUUCAAUGGCAUUUAACUUAUUGCAAGAAGAGGUCAUCGACAAGAUACACAAAGUCGAAAACAAGGUCAUAUCAUUGAAAGAUAGGAAUAAUCUCUUAGAAAUGAAGAACAAGUGA